AGAAUAUGAAUCGGUGGGUAUGGUUUGAAUGAAUUGUCAUUUCAAUUUUCACAAUCCUCAUCCCCUUCUUCUUCUUCUUCUUCUUCUUCUUCUUCUUCUCUCUCUGCGUCCUUCUCUGCCUAAGUUAAAAAUGCAAAGAAUCUAAAACAGCAGGUCGCAUCAGAAGGGAUUUUGUCAAAGCUUUCAUGGCCUUUCAGAUUGAACCUCCUAAUGAACCCCACGAACAAAACCCACUUAAAUUCAUUACCCAUUUCUUCCAUUCUUCUACCUCCAAUUUCUCUACCCUUUUCGCCAAUCCUCAAUCGAUUCCCCCAUUUUCCCUGCAACCCUCCUCUUCUAGGCUUUGUAUUCCAGUCGCGUCCCCAGCUUCCCGGAAACCCCCUUUUCUCUCCCAUUCAGGUUUUCACUCAACUCAUCAUGACCUCGACUCCUCCAAAUCUGCGGCUGUAAAGGGUUUGUCGUCGUCGCCUGAGUUCAGCUCUGGUUUUCCGUCGACACUCAGAAUUUCAGGCCUCAAUUCCGAUGGAAAAGCUGGCGGCCCAGCAUUUGUUGGCCAGGUCUUUAGUAUGUGCGACCUUUCUGGGACUGGUCUUAUGGCUGUCUCGACUCAUUUCGACAUCCCUUUCAUUUCUAAGAGAACUCCAGAGUGGCUUAAGAAGAUGUUCUCAACCAUUACUAAGAGUGAAAGAAAUGGCCCCAUAUUCCGCUUCUUUACUGAUUUAGGUGAUGCAGUUACAUAUGUUAAGCGACUGAAUAUUCCAAGUGCUGUGGUGGGGGCUUGUCGUCUUGAUUUAGCAUACGAGCAUUUCAAGGAAAAACCUCAUCUAUUUCAGUUCAUUCCGAAUGAGAAACAAGUUAAAGCAGCAAACAAGCUUCUUAAAGGCCUACCUCAAAAUGGUGGAAGCAAAAAGAUUGAUGGUGUUCCUGUGUUCAGUGCCCAGAACUUGGAUAUUGCAAUAGCAACUACUGAUGGGAUAAAGUGGUGUGUCAUUUUUUUGGGGUACACUCCCUAUUUUUUUGAUAAAAACAUGCUCGAUAAUAUUCUUGAAGAAUCUGUUGAUCAGCAUUUUCAUGCUUUAAUCCAAACACGGCGUUUGCAGCGCCGAAGGGAGAUAGUUGAUGAUAAUGCAGCAGCCGAAGUUCUUGAAGAGAUGGGUGAUAGUUUGUUGGAGCCUCCAGAGGUUCAAGAAGUGAUGGAUGAGAUGGGCAACCCUGGAAUACCCUUGAGUGUCAUCUCUAAGGUUGCCGAAAUGCAACUUCUUUAUACCGUUGAUAAAGUAAUUCUUGGAAAUAGAUGGUUGCGUAAAGCUGUUGGUAUUCAGCCCAAAUUCCCUUACAUGGUCGACUCAUUUGAGAGAAGGAGUGCAGCUUCUCUCCUAAGAAACUCAGAGUCUGCUAGUGGUCUUACCAACUCUGAAUCAGUGAAGGAAACCAAAGAACUUCAGUAUUAUAGUUCAUCACCUCUCAACAUUCAAGAUAAUAGGGAAACCAAUCAAGAACCUAAGCAGCAUUUCUUCAAUCCUUUUAGAAAUUGGUUUAAUCAUAUCUGGUCAAAACAACGCCAAAGAGAUGACUUUCCUCAGGAACGUAUGAAACAAAAUGUGCAGCCAAGUCCUUUUCUCCCCAAAAUAACAAUGGUAGGUAUAUCUACUGGUGACUCGGGGCAGACAAGUAAAGCCAAUUUAAAGAAGACGAUGGAAGAUUUGACUAAAGAACUAGAGCAUAUAGAUCAGGGAAAUGGUGCUAGUCAUAACGAGUACGAAUUCAACAAUGAAGAAAGGGAUCCAUUAUUUGUUGCAAAUGUCAGUCAUUUCUGCUCUGGCUUGUCAAAGGCAGGAUCAGCUCGGUGGGUUCGAGGAAAUGAUUAAAGGACCUUUCUAAUGUCAUGCUCCUGAACUACUCUUUUAACAACUCCACUUUCCCGGGUAUGAAGUUAUGGCAUACUUCCCUGACUGGGUGUAGUUUUUCAAUUUGCCAAAUAUGAAAUCCGGUGCUGUGUAUGGUAGUUGCUUAGAUAGUUUGAAAAUGGUAUGUGUUGCCUGUGUAUGGUAGUUGCUUAGAUAGUUCGAAAAUGGUAUGUGUUGUAUCAACAGAAUGAAAAGCAAAAGAGGUAGAAGGAAAAAUCCCUCUUGUUAUUUUUUCAGACAAUUUUGAUCAAUAAUGAAAUGAAAUUUUGGCUUCAAUUAAAUAGUUAA